CAGCGAAUCGCCCGCAUGGCACACAUUUGCUCACAAGCAACCCGUUUAAUAAAUGAGAAGCGGUUAGCGCGAUGUGACCUUUCGUCCCGAAGGAGAAGGAAAAAAAAAAAAUCACUUGACGCCAUCUUCCUGCUCGACAGGAUCUUUGGGUGGUCCGGCCUGCCCGGAGCAGGAAGCAGCGAGCUAGCAACGGGCUUCGGUUUUUGGGGAACCCUUCGCGGAUCACUGUGGCCUUGUCAACCAUCGUGAUCAAUCCCCCAGUGGUGUUACAAGAUGGACAUCCUAUACGGGCAACAACGUGCAGCUUCGAAGGACACAUUUUAUGGAGAGUGUUUGAAAGACUGAGGACUUUUGCUUCCAACCCCUGAUGGAAAAUAGUUUUGUGAGUGUUUGGAUAGUUUCUCUCAAUCUCCCAUAAGUGAUGCCUUCAGCACAUGGGCCGCAUCAUUUCAUCAUGGAAAGGCAGAAAGCAUUGAAUAGUGCCUCUUCAACGCAAUUCGGUGGAGAUCCGUGUACCUUCAUCUGUACGGAGUGCGGUGAUGGGUUUUCUCAUUACACGCAAGUGUUAGCCCACAUGGCCAUUCACGGACCUUUGGAAUCCUUUUCCUUUGACGGCUCAUCCAAUGGAUUUGAAGUCCCUCGCGAAUACGUGCUGCAGGAAAAUGGCACACUGGCAGUUGUAAAUGGCUUUUCACUGUCUCAAUCCUGUGUGAAACCGCCAUCUCCCGGAGCCCUGCCACAUUUCACUCCCGUCGCCAAACCUUUGUCUCCAAAUCCAAGGACACAGUCCAUCCCGGAGCCAAAUACGCAGAAGUCACUGAACGUGAACGGUCCAAAGGAAAAGCCUCCCCAGGUCGAUUACCGUUGUGAGAUAUGUAGUAGAUCCUUCAACAGUUUGCAUAGUUUACGUUGCCACUAUCAGUACAGAAGAGAGCAAAGUUUCAGGUGUACUUUGUGCUGCAGGCUCUUUGAAGGUCGACAAGCAUUAGACAUCCACCUCCAAGAACAUGCAAGAGAACGGUUCCAUUCCUGUAGUCAUUGUGGAAAGCGAUUCAUUAAAGCCUAUGCUUUGGUUGCCCAUCAAAAAGAAAGUCAUAUCUUUGCCACUCCUGGAAAUCCAGAGAACAAUGAGGAACACAAGUUUAACAAAACGUAUCCAUGUCGGAAGUGCAAGUUACAUUUCUUUUGGUUGUCAGAUUUUCAGACGCAUGCACAGCACCAUUGCAAAGGUAAAGCAUCUAAUGCUACAUUUGCAUCUGAAAUUGAGGUGAGGUCCAAAAACAAUGACAGGCCUCUUGAUACCUGUUACAGUAACGGCAACUUUACUGACCUCAAGGAUGGUAAUGAAACGGGUGAUCAGAAUGCAAGCUACAUUGACGCUACGCACUCUUUCACACCAUACAGAUGUGGCUUAUGCGGGAAUCGUUUCCCAAAUUUAAUCACACUUAAAGAACAUCAGCUCACGCAUCAGAAUAAGGAAUUGUAUCAUCUGCCUCCAGAACUGAUCCCCUCAAAGCAAAGAAUAACGCUUAAAUCUCGACAUAGAAGGACCAAAAGUAAAAACGGAAAACGAUAUCCCUGUAAAUUUUGUCAACGUGUCUUCAAUCAUUCAAGUAGCUUGUCGAGGCACAUGAGGUACCAUAAGGGUACUAUGCACAAAUGUACAUUAUGCGGUAGGCAUUUCCCUCAGCGUUGUGAUCUCAUGAGGCAUCUAACUCUGAAACACAAACCUGAAAUAGAAAAGAAACCAGGGUUGAAACACUUGCUGUUACGACCAGAGAACCAUCAUGCAGCCAAUAAACAGUCGAUAUCAGAAGUAGAUCAAGAGGGGAUGAAACCAAAGAAAGCGGACAGGGUCAAAUACAAGUGUGAAGAAUGUGGGAAGAAAUUUGGCCUGGCAUAUGUUUACCAGCGUCACUUGCGCUAUCACAAACGAUGUCACUAUAAAUGUCCCAUAUGUACUUUGAAAUUUAUGACUGCUUCCUCACUUGAGGCCCACCUUAAGAAUCACCCAAGCGGUUGGGAAGAACCCAGUGUGGAACAAUCAUUUCAUGCCCCUGGCACAAACGGCGAGCCCGUGAAAAGCCACGGAGAUGAUAUCGAGGACGAUGACGCCGUGGACCGCACCCCGAAUGACAAAAGAAAUUCCAAUGUUGUCUAUGAAUGCACUGAGUGCACAGAGACAUUUUCGUGCUUGGAGAUGUUUCUUCAACACCAGACUUCUCAUGGCUUCGAAAAAAAUGGGUAACUAUGACGCUUGACCUAUGUCAGUGAUAUUGCCAAGAGUGGAGCUCUCAGGAGUUGAGCAUUUUCUUCCGUGUAAAUGAUAACCAUAUUGAAGGGACAUUUGCGGCAGUUCUCUUAGAAUUGUUAUACAAUUUUCAGUGGUGUAAGGACAGAAUCCCUUUUUUCAAAUGAGUAUUUUCAAAAGCUCUGAAGAAUACUAAACAGUUCUGCAGUUCUGGUACAAAAUAUGUUCAAUAGCUGAGAUUUGACUGUGAACAAUGUCUAAAAUUGAUGUUUACCAGAAAAUUUUAGUGAAUACCUGCAGAAAUAAGGAAUGUUACUGUCCAAGGUGUUGUCGAAGGCAUACCAGAUUUGUCACAAUUUGGAUUCAUUUAUAUAUUUUCUUCCUUGUACACAAUCUGUUAUGCAACAGGAUGGUUAUCCAUUGUGAUUUUUUUUUUUUUUUUUUUUUUGUCUGAUUAAAUUUAUGAAGAGAAAUUACUGACUGUUGUCUACCAUUUAGUCCCUCUAUUUGACCUUUUUUAUGGAAUUGGGGUACGAUAUUUAAGGGAUUCUCGUAACGAGGGUAUAAAACAAUCUUUGGCAAAUUAGGGUCAUCCAAUAUAACUUUUGGAGGCACAAAUUCAAUUUCCAUGAGGGGCAAGAAUUUUGACGGUGCCCUUAAAGGGUGUCUGGCUCACUCACAUGCACUUUUUGUUUUGGGCAUACGGUUUUAAAAGAUUUUCACAGACAUAUUUGGAAGGGUGUAGUUUAAGGAGAACAAAUAACUUUGGUCCAGAUCUGGAUAGAGAGCCACUUGUCCAAGGUAUUAUCUUCAUUUCUUCGGAUGUUGUUAUUUUGGCCACUUACAAGGUGUGAUAGAAAUGUUCCAGGACUGGUAUCAUAAAAGGUAUAUUUCAAAUCCAAAUUUUAAACUACAGGUUUUCCCUUUUGAAGUAAUGUUCCUGAAGUCUUAGUCUUUGCCACCCCUUCAUACACUCGUGAAGUUAUUCUUCCCAGAUCCUCUGCAGCUUCCUUUUCUUGGCUAUCUUAAUGUUGUCUUUGUCUUCAAAAUGGGUAUACUUGAUGAGCCACUUGAGGGAGGAAAAAAAUGCACAUGGCUAGGUCAGGUGAGAAGAGAGCACCAGCAUGAGUCCUACUCACUCGGGAACUGUCAUGCUCAGGGUAUUCUGACCAGGCACGAGUUUCUCCCACACCUAUAGAGUCUUUUUGUACUAAAAGCAGAGCAGAGUCUCUUUGUAGACGUGGUUGUUGACUCUUGACCCUGCGAUAAGACCUUCCAGUGGACAAGCCACCUCACUUCAAAGAAUCAAUCAACAUGACUUUGGACUUUGUGUUGCUUUGUUCGGCCUUAGCGACAUGUGACUCAUCUAUUGGGACUGGCGUUCAGUCUCAGGGUUGUAUUCAAAGAUCCACGAGUCCUCACAGGAAAUGACUCCCUAGCAAAGUACAGAAUUGUAUCAUUGGGCUCAUCAUCACUCACUCACUACUUGACGAAUAGACGCAGGAGAUUUAUAGAAAAUCAUGUAGGGUCAGUCGUGCCACUGUGGUUAAGAAAAUCACCUCUCUCAAUGGGGCCCUCGGUUCAAGACCCCGACCGGACCAUCAUCUCACAGACAAAUGGUUGUACUGUACUUGACCAAGACAGCAAUACCCCAAACUGCUCCCCGGUCACUUAAGUGAACGCCUCGUCCAGUGUGUUCCACCAAAAAGUGUGUCAUCACUGUGAUGGUCAAAAUGCGGAGACCAAUUUUCCAUCCAUGUUCCUGACAAUAAAGAUGAUUCUGCUCAAUUCCAUGGUGUUCACACUGCGGGGAAAACCCAUAGUUUGGGUUUGAAAUGUUUCUUUAAUGACACCACUCCUGGAAUCUGCUAGGUCACAGCUAGUUUGUCAUCUGGCCAGGAAUCCCUUCUGUAGGUCUCAUUUUACAACUCAGCUGUUUCACCUAAAUCGGCUACAGUAUUUUUUUUUUUCCACUGGCAAUCAAAGCUGACAUUUUCCAAUGGUUUUCUGUCUUUGGGGGAGGGGGUGGGGUAUUGACAUUGCAGCCAACUGUGACAAGAGCUAAGUUUAACACAUAAGACCAAGUGUUCAUGCCCCCUCUGUUGAAAUAGGAGUUUCAAUUGCAUUUUCACCACGCGUUCAAUUAUUUUUGGGGGGCAAGCCCCAACUGCUGCGUGAACGUGCGGACUGGAUGCAGCAAUGUUCCUGCGCGGAUUUGGUGCAGCAAGGUUGUGUUUUGAGUUCUGUCAAAGAUACCAACCAAAUGUCUGAAAUAAAUACCAACUUCAAUGUUAUGCCUCGAAAUAUCCAGUGUGAAAAUAACCAAUAUUAGACAUGUUGCUGAGCUAGCAGCACGCAAACUACUACCAUCUGGCAUUGUCCUUUGAGGUCUCCACUCAGAGGGUCCUUCUAGUUCCUAUUAUUUUACACAAUGUUAUCCCUGGAUGGGUUUACGUGGUGCUUGUAACUUUUUAGCACGCUAUGCCCUAAGUGAAAAACAAAUCCCGACUACUGUCCUAAAUCGACAAUUGACCUAUCUCAAUAAAUCGGGUUGUUUACAUUGAUCUGCACGUCACACGGCUGUUCUGAUCAAAUGUAGUGCUUUUGCAUGCACCAGAUAAGACUAGAUCACAUUGCAUGUAAACAAUUGUACUGUUCAAUCAGCAGCUGAAAGUCCAUUACCAACUGCGGCUGUCCUUGCCCACUUGCAAGGACAUUAGUUUCUCAUUUUCUCACUUGAGUAGUGAAGCAUUUGAAGCUCGUGUAAAACAUUUUUUGGGGUGGAGGUUUCACCAAGCUAUGGGUCGUAAUGUGAAAAAAGAAUCUUUAACUCAAGUUAGCGCUGUAUUUAGCAACGCAGGGUUUUAAUAACCUCAAUGCUAAUACAAAUACUCUUCUCGCGUCAGUAACCUUUGAAUUACACUCGGGCUUGACAUAACACUUGUACUGCUACAAACCCUUGGAUACUGGUUUUUAAGCUACUGUCAUUUUUCCAUUUGAGUCUUGUCUUCAAACCAACAUAUGGGACCUGGAACCAGCAGUACCUCUUAUGGUACAGUACUCAUUUUGCCAGUUUGCAUUCUGCAGAUAUUUGCAAAACUGAGCAAAUUAGGCUCGGCUUGCUGUAUGCGUUUCAGGGGUUUUGUCAUCUUGUAAAAUAUUCAACAACCUUUUCUAUGAUUAAACUGCGGAAUGUUUACAUGAUGAAGUCUUGAGUUUUGU